UCUUCUUCUCCUUUCAGAGACAAUGAAACCGGCCACAUUGUCGACAAUCUGCUAAAACGUAUGGAACAGUAUGCCAACAAUUUGGAAGAGCUGGUCGAAGAACGUACUCAGGACUAUAUUGAAGAGAAGAAGAAAUGUGAGAAGCUACUCUAUCAGCUGUUGCCACAAAGUGUGGCGGCACAGCUGAUUUCCGGUGAACCGGUUGUGGCUGAAACCUUCGAUCAAGUAACCAUUUAUUUCUCCGACAUUGUAGGCUUUACCGCCAUCUCGGCGGAAAGUACACCCAUGCAAGUGGUACAAUUUCUAAAUGAUCUCUACACCUGUUUCGAUUCGAUUGUGGAAAAUUUCGAUGUUUACAAAGUGGAGACGAUAGGUGAUGCUUAUAUGGUGGUGUCCGGCUUGCCCAUACGCAAUGGCAAUCAACAUUCAAGGGAAAUUGCCCGUUUGGCAUUGGCCCUGCUGGAGGCUGUGCAUAAUUUUAAGAUACAUCAUCGGCCGAAUGAUAAGCUCAAGCUGAGGAUAGGUCUGCACACGGGGGCCUGUGUGGCCGGAGUGGUGGGUUUGAAAAUGCCACGCUAUUGUUUGUUUGGUGACACCGUGAAUACGGCUUCACGCAUGGAGUCGAAUGGCGAGGCUUUGAAGAUUCACAUAAGUGAGAAAACGAAGUUGGCUUUAGAUGCCUUUGGCACCUUCAUUACCACCAAACGUGGUUAUGUACCGAUGAAGGGUAAGGGUGAAAUGUUAACCUAUUGGCUUGAGGGUGAGGUGCCCAAAGUGGAGACACCCAUAUCGCCACAAAAGCUGAUGCUCUCACGACGCUCAUCGCUGAAGCAGGUGCCACGCUAUGGCCUGCAUAAACAAAACUCCGAAGCCUCAGCAUUCCUGCCGCCGCCCUACAAUCAACAACUGGACAUUGGUCGGUCGGUGAGCCGACAAAACUCCCCCAAUUUGCGGGUGAAACGAAAGAUAUCCUCGUCGUCGCCCAAAUUGAAUGGCAAUGAUUUUAAGACUGAUGAUUUCUACAAUUAUCUGGAGGUAAAUGCCCUGAAUAGCAUGAAACUCUCACCACCGCAUAGUGAUAUUUAUAGCAGUAGGUCGCUGAAGGAUGAUGCCAAAGAGGGCUGCUGGGAAAUGGCCAAUUUCCGUUUGCCGCUGUCGGGCACACUGAAGCAGCCUCAUUACAACAGCAACCAUCCGAAACACAGUUAUACUCAACUCUCAUCGACUCAAUCGAAUUCCAAUUUGUCCGGGGUACUGGCACCCAAUUCCGCCUCAAAGUUGAGAAUGAAAAAUUCCCCCACCAUUUCAAGUCUGAUCAACAACAACAACAGUGAUACGGCCAGUUUGGGCAGCUCGACGAGAAUAAAAUUCAGCAUCAACAAUGAAAGUUCGGAGGAGACACAAAACCUCGUCUCAUCGCAUGUCUAUGAGGAUGAUGAAGGUGAGGCCGAGGCUGAGGCCAAUAUGAUAAAUCCCCAAGCGGAAGCUGAGGAAGAUGAUGAGGAGGAGCAGGAGGAAGGGGAAAUCAUUGAAACUCCCUUAACGCGUGAGCGUAAAACUGCAAUUGUUAUGCCCCAGCCGCCAGCCAUAAAUGGCGACCUGCUCUACAACUACAACAAUCGUACGCCAUCGUUGACCAAUCUGGAUCAACAGACAAAUCACUAUUUUCACCCGCCUCCACUGAACUCCUCGAGAGGUCCAUACAAUAAUACCCCACCCGCCAGUUAUGUCAAGGCCAAUAAUUGUCGAAAUGCCACGCAAUUUUUGGCAAAUAACUCAUCGAAUAAUAGUCUGGUCCAAAUGGACGAUAACUCGCUGACGAAAAUGAAUAGUUUACCUGAUGAUGGUGGUGGUGGUGGUGGGGGAACGCCAUCUAUUGGCAAUCGUCUAACGGUGAAACAUCAUCCAUCGGUAACAACAGUACCGCCGUCGUCGACAAAUAAUGCCGUAACACAACCUCUCUUGGCUAAAAUUAAUUCAUAGCAAUAAAUUUAGUUGUAAAUUUAUUUAUGUUUUUUCUGCAUAUGGCAACACUGUGAUGUGCGAAAAUGCAACUCUGUAAUGAAGUGGGGCAAUGUGGUGUAUGUGACACCAAAGUGAAAAGCGUACCUACAUUUGGCAAGGGCAUCACUGUGUGUGUGGCACCAGAGUGAAAAGCGUUCCCGUAUUUGGCAUGGGUAAUGAGAAAAUAAUCAAGAAGGACUUAAAUCAUGUUUACAUAUGCGACAUUCAGGGGGGUUAAACCGUCAAUCAAAGUACGAUUACAUUUACUAAAUCAUUGCAUAUACUUUACAUGAAAUGGACUCUCAUUUCAUGUAUAUACCAUGGUAGAAGAAUAAAGGUAGAUUCAUCAACGUUUGCGAACAUUAAUUUGUCAUAAUUUAAAAAACGUCUUAAAUAAAUAAUAAAUUAUUUUUACACGUUUACUUAUACGCACUAAUCGGAGUAUGUUAUGAUUUGCAUUUUCAAACAUUUUUACAAACUUGAAUAAUUUUUCAUUAAAUUUUUUCAAUUUCAAUGUUCUCAAGCGUUGAUACAUCUACCUGUAUUCUUCUACCAUGAGUACCUGCAAUGAAUCUACUAUUUUUACAAUCUUUUUCGAUAUUAUAAAGGGAAAAUCUGUUAUCGUAAAAAAAAAACUUUUCAUUCUUGCAGUUCUGGAACAGACCAAAUGACAGCUGAUAAAAUAACAAAUAAAUCUAGGGUUAACUAGUCUGAAUUCGUUUCAUAAAUAGAACUAGAAAGCCCGCCGAUAAAUUAUGCCUUGUCAAAUGCAUCGUCACUCACUGUAUAUUUCAGAGUUGCAUUUAACACAAGUGCUGCAGUCAAACGUCAAUGUGAUGUCAUAGAGGUCAUUGCUUUUAGUCUUCUUUUCAUUACUGUCUGUUAAAAACUCAAAAUUUAACGAAAAAAACACAAUGAACAACUGGCUUUUUCCUUUUUUUGGGAAAUGUCAAAUUUUAAUAAAAUUGUUAAGACUAAAGGUGUGGUUACAUAAGCAGCUUGAAGUUUUCACAUGGCAUAUUUUGUGACAUAUCAUAAAGGGAUGCCAGAGCCGCACUCAAAUUCUGCCGUCUUUUCCCCUAUAAUUUAACAUUAAUAUGCCUUGAUAUGAUGCCAUGAUGCUGCUUAUGUGCCCUCACCUUAAAAUAGCUUAAAGUUUAAAUCAUGACUUCGGAGGGAAAAUACAACACUGUUAACACUUUGUAGCUUAAAACAUUGUUGUAUUCGAUCAGACCAAAAGUGGCAACAGUGUUGUAUUUACACACCGAAGUCCCGAUUUAACACAUUGAUCUGUUUCACCCUUUAGAGUUUUAUCUGAAUUUCUGGUAUUCCCCUAUAUUAUAAUUUGACACUUCAAAGCCAGCAUUGUGUUUCUGCUAUUAUUAGAAUUGUAUUUUUAUAAUCACAUAAAUUAUGGUAGUUUACAUAUUCCUAAGUUACCCCCCCCCCCCCCCACUCUCUAUAUCUAAAGCAAACAAAUCAAAUAAAAUAAUUCCCCUAUUAUAUAUUUAUAAUUCCUUAAAUAUAGUCAUAAUUUAUUUUUCUAUAUAUAAUAAAUAAAAAAAAACAAAUGUAAGAAAAAAAUAUAGUUAUUAUAUUAUAAGAAAACAAAAACAAAUCAUGCAAAUUGUGAUUGAAAGUGAAACUUGUUACCACUUAAAAAAAAUAUAGAAUACUAAAGCGAUCUUUGUUACAAAAAAAUAUAAAUUUAAUAAAAAAAUAAUAAUUUAUGACAAACUCUUAAAUAUAAUAUUUAUAAACCAUAUAUAAAUUUAUUGCAUAAGUUUAUGCAAGAAAAAAAGUAAUAAAUUUUGGCUUUUAGAUGAUUAUC